GCCGGGGUGCGUCAGACGGUUGGGUUUCCUCCUGUUUAGGGAGCAUUUUCUGCAGAGGGGGCAAUGAAGUUUCCUUCUUGUGAAGAUGUGGAGGCCUGUGCGUCUGCGAAGUUGUUGAGGAGCAUGGCUGCUAAGAAACUAAGAAGAGCACAGUUGUCUCAGAAGCUGUGUGAGAGGCUGGGUCGCUGUCAGAUCACUACCUGUCAGGACUUUUUAUGUCUUUCCCUCUUGGAGCUAAUGAAAGUGACGGGACAGAGCUAUUAUGAAGUGCAGAAGCUUCUUUGUAAAGUCAGCCGAGCUUGUGCUCCCAAAAUGCAGACAGCUUAUGAAAUGAAACUAAGGAAGUCUGUCAGUCCCUCUUCAGCCUUUUUAUCCACCACGCUGCAUAGUUUGGAUAGAGUCUUGCAUGGUGGAGUACCUUGUGGGUCCCUCACAGAGAUAACUAGCCCACCAGGUUGUGGCAAAACUCAAUUUUGUAUUAUGCUGAGUGUUCUGGCUACACUGCCUCUAAGCAUGGGAGGACUAGAUGGGGCGGUUAUAUACAUUGACACAGAGUCUGCAUUCAGUGCUGAAAGGUUGAUUGAGAUAGCAGGAAACAGAUUCCCUACUUAUUUUGACUCUGAUGAAAAGGUGUUCUGCAUGACCCGUAGCAUUCACCUCUAUCGAGAACUGACCUGUUGCAGUGUACUGCAGAGGAUUAUGUCUUUGGAAGAAGAAAUUAUUUCAAAGAAAGUUAAACUCAUAAUAAUUGACUCUGUUGCUUCAGUUGUCAGAAAGGAGUUUGACACAAAACUUCAAGGCAAUCUGGCAGAGAGAAGUAACUUUUUGACUAGAGGAGCAUCAGUGUUGAAGUAUUUGGCAGAGGAGUUCUCAAUACCAGUUAUCUUGACGAAUCAGAUUACCACAUCGCUGAGCAAUGGCCCUGCAAUCCAGGCAGACCUGGUGUCUCCAGCUGAUGAUUUGUCCCUGUCUGAAGUCCUAGCACCAAACAGAGCGAAAACACUGAAGGAAUUAUCAAGUGAACUGAGGAGCCCCCAGAGAUCAGAGGCUGUUGGGGCUUCUGUAAGUGGGAAGAGGGAUUCUGGUUGUGUGACAGCAGCCCUUGGCAACACGUGGAGUCACAGCGUCAACACCAGGCUCAUACUACAGUAUCAUGACUUGCCAAAAAGACAGCUCCUGGUUGCUAAAUCGCCUGUUGCUCCAUUCUCCGCUUUUUUCUACACCAUUGAGAAAUCAGGCUUGGUUCUUCAGGAAAUUCUUCUCAUCUUAAAUUAGAGAAAGGAGGCCAGGAGGCCAGGGCCGGUAUUCUUUGUCUCGGUGACCCAGCAGUAACCAAACAAGGAGACUGGCAAUGUGAGUAUGAACCAGCGAUCCUGAAGCUUAGGAUCUGGAGAUUGAGAGCUCCAGGUGGAUAAACAGUGGGCCUCUGUUUCUGAUAUGGGAUGAACCCAAACCUCACAGCUCCCCACGACAAUUAUCUGGGGUCAGCUGAGAGGGGGACUCAGUACCAAAUUAUCAGUGGCACCGUUUCUCUCCUCCAGGCAGUGACACUGUGUUGAUUUGGCCUUUUCUUUCCACUCUCACAAAGCUACAGAAAGCUGUGGAGCAGACUUCUUGGACUUGCUGAGGACAAAAACCUCCUUUGCUUGCUGCAUCCUUUUUCUAAAUAGCAUGGGUGCCUGUCAGAAACAUUCUGAAACAUUGUUUGGAUUUGAUUUUUAUAUGCCUUUUCCUCUAGCAAAGUGCCUGCAAGUUCAGUACAAACAGAUGAACGGAGUCAAGCACAGCUCGUAGCCUAGCUACAUACUUCAGUCUUUGCUCUGAACUACUGAGGUUUUGGAUGAUGUCACUCUGGUCUCCUGAGGGCUGCUGUUGUCAUCAGAUAGUGAGGUCGAUAAGGCACAUGUUAUGAUGAGGCAUGCUGUUUGGUUCAAUCACAGUAUCGUGCAUGAAGUAGGAAAGAAAGCAGUGUAUUUCCUGGUACAGUACCUCGAUAAGGCUCUCGCUGCUUCAUAGGUAUUUCCACCACACUGUCCUCUCUGCUCAGCACACUGACAAUCAGAUUGCUGACAAUCUGAAAGUAGAAACAGUGGUAGGGUGCAAAACCCAGCUCCUCCACCAAAAACAUGUUUGUUUGUUUCUUUUCCUGAUCUCAAUUUCACUCUCUCUCUUUUUUCUUUCUUUUUUUUUUUUAAUUUUUAUUUAAUCAUUUACAAAGCAAGUAAAGCAGGACACAGAACAGCUGUUAAGAGCUGGAUAAGGUACAGUCAGUUUCUGGAGGAGCUUUUUUCACAGUCCCUCAUUCCCCAGUGCAUUUGGAAAGCACCUCAAAUCUAGCACAACCUGUGAGUUAGGGGCCCUUGGCUGGAUUUGGAGGCUCCAGCCCUCAACAGCAUUUGUUUCCAUACUGCUCAGAUGCUUGAUCUUGAAUUGUGGUUUCUUCCUCUCUUCCUGGCUUACUUCAUAUUGAACAUUAUGAUUUGUUUUACUAGCAGACCAACAGACUGAUAGCAGUUCAAGGCCCAGUUCCAUAUGUCAGAUGCCACUGAAAAGGAGUUGGUACACUACCUUUACCUGGAGCUGGACUGGAUUUUACUUUUUUAGUAUUCAUGUUUCUUGUCCACUUUUUGUAUUUUACUUAGAUGGAGCAGAGGAACAGGCUGGAUCCCUGAUCACCCCUCAUUGCCACCUGUGGGGAAGAGUCAUGGCAGCCCUAGUCCUACCAGUGGGAGCACAUAGAAUAGAUGUGCAAAAGUUGAAGUAAUCCACACAUCUGCUAGCUCUGGCCUUUUCACAGUUAAUCUCUAUGUACUAGAAAAGGAGGAAUAAUGUAUUUUUUUAAAAUCCUAAUUGUACAAAUUAUCAUCUUGGACCCCACUGUCUACCAGUUUUUAAUGAAGAAAGAGUCCAUAUCACUACCUAAACUCGCUGACAGAAAUAAAGUGCAGGUACCAUUGCUGGAACAGUGUCUACCUGAUUUUGCUGGUUGUCCAGCUCAUCUAUCCUUAUGGGUAUUUAGAUCCAUAGUUUCUAUAUUAGCAACUAAAAUAAGAUUUUAUUGCAUUUUUUUCCCUGUAGAUACACUAGGCAUCUAGUCUAUCCUCUUUCCUUACUGCAACUGGAAACCAGAUUCUUGGUGCUGAAAUCCUAACACAGGUCAAGACCAAUUCCUAAAAUCACCCAUCCUGCCUUUCAGCUUCCAGAUGAGAGAGGUGUUAUGGGACAAUAUUUUACUUGCAGUACACCCAGAGGUAAUUUGACAUCCCUGAGUGAGGAUCAUCACUGCUUUGUCAAGGGGCCUCCUUUCCAGUGCAGAACUUGAUUCUAAAAUGCUGGUGAUGUGGUGGCCACUGGUGAGGGAUGCUGGAUGAUUUAGUUGAUUUAAAUAACUUGACAGAGUUAUUCAGAAUGGUGAAGCAGCACACGGUGAAAGGCUUGCUGUGCUUUUCUAUACUGACUAA